AUGGCCUCCUCGCGGUUCGCCUUCCUAGCAGCGUCGCUCGCGGUUCUGAUCCUCGCCACAUCAAGCUGCGCAUUCGCGCGAAUCCACGCGGCGCCUGUCGUUAAGCCCCUCGUCUGCAAGGCUUCGAGUCUGAAGAGCUUAGGUUAUACCAAGUCCGUCCAGCUCACCAGCGGCGUGACCUUGCACUGGAGCCUCACCGCCGCGAAGGACGGAAUCAACGCUGCGAUUCUUGCGAACAAGGGUAGCGGCGGCGAGAAGGGCUGGAUAUCCGUUGGCUGGACGGCUACACGUGGCAAAAUGUGCAACUCCGAAGUGGUGGUGGGGAAUCUCCCCGCGCCGAACGCCGUGCAGGCCUACAAGAUGACCAACAAGGUCUUCCCGAGCGCCGGGAUUCAAACGACAACUGAUGUGGCGCUCUCGGCGACAUCUGUGACAGGCACUACCCCGGCUGGUGGAAAGAUUGUUAAGUUCACUCGCACAGGCGCCGGCAAUCUGGCGCCCGUCAAUUACACGGGCAUCAACAACUUGAUCUGGGCCUUCGCGAAAACCCAAGCUUUCGGCUACCACUCCAAACGGGGGAGCGCUGUUGUCAACUUCGGAUGCUAG